AUGCUAAGGUUAGGUACAUUAAGAGCCACUCAGAUGAUAGCGAGGCCCGUUAUGAGUUCGGUGAGAUGCUUAACUCGUUACAAUUCAACGGUUUCUAAUGAAAAAUUGGAAUCAAUUGUGGAUUCAAUAUCAAAAUUAAAUAUUCUGGAGACGUCAAAUUUGGUAACUCUAUUGAAGGAGAGACUAAAUAUACCAGAUAUCAAUAUGGGUGCGCCAAUGAUGAUGAGUAAUGUAAAUACUGCUACAGAUACAAAUGAAACUAAGGAAACAAGUGCGGCUGAAGAAGAAAAGACAACGUUUACCAUUAAACUGGAAUCUUUCGAUGCCAAGUCUAAGGCUAAAAUUAUUAAGGAGAUUAAAUCUUUGUUGGGACUAUCUUUGGUGGAUGCUAAAAAGUUUGUUGAAAGUGCUCCCAAAGUUAUCAAAGACAACAUCUCAAAGGAUGAUGCAAGCUCUAUAAAGGAUACUUUAGAAAAACUAGGAGGUAAAAUUAGUAUGGAAUAA